CACUGGUGCAGAAUUGCCAAUUCCAUGCCCUAAUGGUCCAGACGUCCAUCUAGAAACCCAACGAAUUAUAUAUCCUAAAUCGCGUGUGAUUUCACGGGGCAGAUAUUCGAACAUGCCGAAGACCGCGCAAAUUUCGUCGGACAGCCGGCAACAGCGCCGCCACAACCCUCUCGCCGACGAGUAUGACCCCGUCCAGCCAUUCAAAAAUAAAGUCGCCAAGCGGAGGAAGUCGCGCCAUGACGGAGACGAAGAGGAACGAUUCGUUGAUACCGCCGCAUCUCGGAAGAUUUUGCGCAUAGGCCAGGACCUGGAAGAGGAGGAAGCAGCCGAGCAGCGAGGUCGAUAUGUACAGGAGGAGAACGUCGCUUUCCAGUUCGAGUCAAGAUUUCCAGCCGCCGAGCCGGAAGAGGAUGAAGGCGCAUAUGAUGAUGAGGACGCCUGGGGAGAUGAAGAUGAAGUGGUUGAAGAAGUGGAAGUGGACCCGAACGAUUUGGAUCUCUUCAAUAAAUUUAACCCUUCAACCGACCCGGAGCUACACUGGCCCGGAGACCAACCGACCCUCUCAGAAUCAAAAGGCGGGACGAAUCUUGCGGAUCUGAUCCUUUCCAAGAUAGCCGCUCACGAAGCCCUUCAAAGCGGCAAUGCCGACGAAGAAGAUGAAGCCCCCUCCGAGGAGAUUCCCCCGAAGGUUCUCCAAGUCUACACAACGAUAGGACCACUCCUCUCCCGCAUGACGACGGGCAAACCCCCCAAACCAUUCACGAUUAUUCCUACUCUUCCCCUGCCUACCCAAGCCACGCUCCUCUCCCUAACCGAGCCGCUCAACUGGACACCGCACGCCGCGUACACGGCCACGAAGCUGUUUAUCUCCGGCACGCCUGCAUCCGCGCAGAUGUUCCUGACCGAGGCUCUCCUACCGUUGGUCCGCGAAAGGAUAGACGAUCACGCCCAGCACAAGCUGCACCAAACGUUGUACCGCGCGCUGAAGAAGGCACUAUAUAAACCAUCCGCAUUUUUCAAGGGUCUGCUGUUCCCGCUCUUGGAAUCGAUGCCAUCGAUGCGAGAAGCGCAUAUCAUCGCAUCCGUCAUUGCGCGCGUUUCGAUACCUGUUCUCCAUUCUGCAGCCGCACUUCUCCGCUUGACGGAGAUCGCAGCGGACAGCACUUUAGGAUCGUGGAAUACUAAGGGUGGAGACGCAGGUGGCGCUGGUCCAGUCAACUGGUGUAUCAAAAUUCUGAUCGAGAAGCGCUACGCCCUUCCUUAUCGUGUUAUCGACGCCCUCGUGUUUCAUUUCUUGCGAUAUCGUGGGGUUGGUUCAGGAGACGACAUCAAUAUGAGCGAUACCAGGUCUAUUGCAGGUGUGAGCCGCAAGAACCUGUCGAGGGAAGAGUCGCUGCCGCUGCUGUGGCAUCAGAGUCUGCUUGCCUUCGCGCAGAGAUAUCGGGAUGACAUCACCGAGGACCAGCGAGAAGCGCUGCUGGAUCUGCUGCUGGCCAAGGGCCAUCGGGGAAUCGGUCCGGAAGUCAGAAGAGAGCUACUUGCUGGAAGAGGACGAGGGAAUGCGGUGGAAGGAGCUGCGGCGGCCGUUGAAAAUGGUGGUGAUGAUACGAUGGAAGGCGUGCAAAUUGGUGCUUAAAUGGAGCAUUCACCUAGGUUCAGGUCCAAUGCAACUAUGCAAGGGCCCCUGGAUUGGAUAUGAAGUAGUGCUUGUAUACCUAUCAUGCGAUAGACUAUCUUAUGCUUCCACGUAACUAGCAUUCAAGAC